AUGAUAGCAGAGGACAACGAUGCAUCGCUUUCCAGGAACGUGAGCCACGCCCUUGGAGCGUUGGCUGCAGCCCAGCUGCUCCUUGGAUCGGCAGCAGCUCCCGCCUUGGCAAUUGACACUACUGGCACUGGCAGUGCUGGGAAGUUGGGGGCCCCAGCCCAGAACAAGGAGGCCACUGACCUGCCCAGCUCAUUCUUCAGGACAGGUGACGAGCUGCAGAAGAAGCUGGGAAUUGACACUGACCCAGACAACAUCGGCGACAAGAUCCAGCCUGGCACCAAGGGCCUCAAUGGAGUGAGCCAGCAGGAUGGCAAGCUGAACAAUGUGGCCAAGGCCUCCACUGAUGCCACCCUGAAGGCUGCCCAGAACAUCACCCCCGACCUUUCUGAGCUGCCCAACGCCUCCGACCUGCCUAACCCAUUUGACAGCACCGGCUUUGCUGACAAGGCGAAGGGUAUUGUGAAGGACGCCGUCAACAGUGUUCCGGACCCAUCAGAGGCUGUUGACAAGGCCAAGGGCGCGGGCAAGGAGCUAGGCAGGAAUCUGCCCGACCCCAGUGCCGCAGCUGACAAGGUCAAGGGAAACGCAAAGGGACUGGCAAACGACCUGCCUAACCCGGCGGACACUCUGAGGAACAAGAGGAUCUAA